AUGGAUCCCCUUAUGGACGACCAAAAUGCUGAUGCGCCUAGCCUAAACUUGCUCGGUCAAGCCACAGCCCGGCUAUUUGAAUAUGGCAACAACGCCAGCAACAACCUGCAGGACACCUUUUCCAAGAUGACAAUUCAUGGGUGGCUUCGUCUCACCGUCAUUGUCGGAGGGUACCUGUUGCUACGCCCAUACCUUAUGAAACUGUCUGUCAAGACUGCGGUGUCGAAAAUGGAAGAGGAAGAGGAGAGAGAAAAAGCCAAAGCCGCUGCCAUGACACCCAAUGAGCUGAGGGGCGCCAAGCAACAGCUAGAAGAGCAUCUGGAGGAUGAAAGCGGCGACGGCACUGGGGCGGACUGGGGUCAAAGGGCCAGAGUGCGCCAGCGAACCAUGCUGAAGGAGAUGCUGGAGGCAGAGGAGCAGAGACGGAUGGAAGAGCAGGAAGACGACAAGGACAUUGCCGAGUACUUGGAGGACUAG